CGGUGCGGGCUGGCGUGGCGGGAAGCGGCGGCCGCGAUGGCGGGCGCGGGCGGGAGGAGCUGGCGGGACCUGCUCGCAGGGAGAGCCAGGAAGAGGAGAAGCCCCUUUGGGAGCGCAGCCGAGCUCCAGGGAGCGGCUCUGCGGCUGCUGGAUCAGCACCAGAACCUGGCUGAGCUGCUCCUGGAGGUGGGCGAUUCAGCCAAGCCAGGUGUGCAGGAUGGGGCAGAGCCCCGGGGAGUGUCACCAGAGUCAUUUAUAGUCUCUGUUCUGCAGGAGCAGGCCUCAAAGCUGGGUGUGCCCACAGCCACCCUGGCAGCCAAAAAUGCCGUUGCCAACGUGGAGCGGAUCUGCCAGGAUUCUGCCAGCCCUUCCCAAGUCCCACUGCUGAACUCUGACCAGAGAAAGAGGUUGACCUGCUUGCUUCAGACUGUGAAGGAUUUGCUGGCAAACAACAUGUUCUGUCGCUCCCUCUUCUGCCAGGAGAUGUGGAAAAUGAAGGAGCCCCCGGUGCUGGAGGCCGUGUGGCACCUGCACAGAGGUGACAUCGUGGGCCUGGCAGAGCUGCUAGACAGGAGCCCAGCAGGCCCAGCAGCAGUGGAGUGGCUCUGCAGCAGCCUCUGUGGCCUCUGUGAGCAGGCUGGGGACAUCUCCUGUGGGGACACAGAGCUGGCCCAGGGAAUUCUCUCAGACUUUGCCAUCGUGUUUCUUCAGCAUGGCUUUGAGCAGGCUGUGGAGCUGGGAAGGAAGGUGGAAUUCCAGAAGGUUGCCUACAUCUGCCGUGCUGUCUUACAGAGAAUGCUGGCAUGGGUGCUUGAUGCUGUUGGUAAAGAGAAGCAGGAAGAUGUUUCCAUGGUGCAAGCUGCAAGGUUCUGGCUGAAUGUGUUCAACGUGUCCCUGUAUGGAAGUGUGGCUCCCCCGGAUUCCUUGAGGCAGUUUUUCAGACACACCCUGACUGAGGUUCUCACCUACAACCCCGCGCUGAAAGUGUCUGAUGCCAUCCAGAUGCAGAAGGAGUGGAGCUUUACCAGGACUUCUCCCCUGCUCACGGCUCUGUAUCGCAAGCUGUUGGUGGCAUUCAGUGUGAAGGAAUCCAUCUGCCAGCUGCAGCAGGUCCUGGAGAGCCACGAGGUGAACUGGCAGCACGUGCUGUCCUGUGUGUCCACGCUGGUGGUGUGCCAGGCUGAGGCUGAGCAGCUCUUCAAGGAUCUACUGAGCCAUCUCCUGCUCAAGGCCUUUGGGAAUUAUGACAUGGAAAAUAUGAUCACUGCCUUCCUGAUCGCUCGUCAGGCUGCUCUGGAGGGCCCUGCUGUCUUCAUGCCCUACUCUGAGUGGUUUAAGGCUUCCUUUGGGAGUGCUGGUGGCUACCACGGGAGCAGUAAGAAAUCUCUGGUCUUCCUCUUGGAGUUCCUGUCAGAGCUGGUGCCCUUUGAAGCUGCCCCAUACCUGAAGGUGCACAUCAUGUUCCCCCCCUUCGUGCCCAGCAAGCACCGCUCCCUGCUCCUGGAGUACAUCACCCUGGCCAAAACCCGCCUGGCCGACCUCAAGGUGGCCAUAGAGGACAUGGGGCUCUAUGAAGACCUCUCUGCCCCCGAGGAGGCCGUGCAGCCCCAGGCCCAGGCUCUCCGUGACGUGGAGAAGGCCCUUCAGAUAUUUGAGAACACCAGGAAGAUCCCAACCUCUGUGAUAGAAGCCAGCAUUUUCAGACGGCCAUAUUACACUUCCUGGUUCCUUCCAGCCCUGCUCAGGCCCCGUGUGCUCCCCAAAGCCCCAGAUGGACGAAUGGCUUUUAUAGACUCCUUAAAGAGAGCUGACAAAAUACCUUCAAGCUUGUACUCCACAUACCUGCAAGCCUGUCAUGCCAUGAAAGAGAAGGUGUUACAAGAUGACUCCAAAGCAGAGCCCAGCCAUGCCAAGGAGCCUUUUGAGCAGCUGAAGGCUGAACUGGCAGUGCUCAGGACUCUGGCUGUGCAGCAGGCUCAGUGGGAAGAGGUGGCAGCUCAGCUGGCCGUGGUAUCCGACAGACUCCGCCGUGUCCUGGGUGACAGCAGCGAGGACAGCGAGGCUGCUCCUUUCAGUUCCCCAGUCCGGGUGGCCAUGCCUGCCCCGGGGCUGGCAGCCUGUCCCCAGAGUGUCCCUGCCCCGGGGCUGGCAGCCUGUCCCCAGAGCGUUGUUGAUCUUCUGCUGACAUCAUUCUGCCAAACCCUACUAGCUGCUUCCUCUUUCAACCCUCCUGACAGGCAGGGCCCGUGCCUCUCCCUGCUGGUGAAGAUGAUGUGUGGACACAGGAAUCUCCUGCCUGCACUCCUGGGCAGGCUCUGCCAGCUCAUUUAUCACCAGGGCCCUUCCCUCGGUGCUGCUCACAUUUUAGGACUGGCAGCUUUUGUGAUCCACUUAAGUGAAUGCAGAGCUUUAAUUCCUGGAGUGGAAGCCAACUCUGGGGCCUCUCAGGCUGUUCCUGGAAAGGCCCUCUCUGUCUCAGAGUACUGGAGCUCCUUGCUGCUGUGCAGGACAGAAGAAUCAUUUGCCUUCUGCUUGAGGUUUUGCACUGCAGCAGCAGCCUACCUGAUGUGCAAGUUUUCAUCCUGCUCUCAUGAAGAUUUUUGUGCCUUGGUUCCUCCUGGCCUGAUUAAAAAGCUGCAGUACCUGGUGCCACGGCUGAGCUUGGAGGCUCGGGGAGUCCUGUGUGAGGAGGCCAAAAGUGCCCUGAGCUGGAGUUCCCUGUCCUGCCCCUCUCUGAACUACAGGAGAGCCAGCCUGUGCUUGUGGAGAUCUGCCCUUUGCAGUUUCCUUAUUGGUGAUCAAAAGCUUCUUGUAAGAGCUGAAUGCCUGAAAUUCUUGGAAAGGCUUGGCAAGCUACAGAAGCUCAGGAACUGCAGAGCAAAGGCCUGUCCAUCACCCUGGCUCCCUGCUGUGCUCCCUGGGAAGUGGUGGAGAGGCAAACAACUGGAAAUCCUUGCUUUUCUGCUGUCUUUCAGAGAGUGGCUGCUGAUGGAGCUGGAGGUGUGCCCUGAAAAGGACAUUCUCUCUGCUUCAGAGAGACAGGAUUUCCAUCACUGGGCCAUCUAUCAGAGGUACCUUCCUGCACCUUCUGCUGCUGGUGGCUGUGAUGGAGACCUGGAGAAGGCCUGUGCAGUCAUCCUCAAUGCCAUCCUGGAUUCCUCUCAGAGCAGGGGCAGUGCCUGGUGUGUCCCCAGUUUCAGGCUGGACCUGGGUGCCUGUGCCCAGUCGAGGACGUCGCUGAGCCCUGAGAUCCUCUGCAGGCUGCAGGAGCUGGUGCUGGAGCUGAGGUGCAGGCCAAAGCUGCUCCCUGGCUGCUCAGCUGCCCAGAGACACUUCCUGUUUGAGCUGCUCCAGGGAAGGCUGACAGGCAGAGAUCCAGAGCAUGGAUCUGCUCUGGGAGAGCAGCUCUGGAGGCAGCAGGAGCUGCUGCUGCACAGCAGGAUUCUGCUCGGGCUCCCUGCAUCCACCCUGGUCACCACGUGCUGGAAAGGGAACAAAGCAGUGCUGGACUGUGACAGCUUCUUUUGUUUUGUGAACUCUGAGCUGAAGAACGUCAGCUCCCGGGGCUACGCGCUCUCCUACGGCAUCACCGCUCACUUCUUCAGGGGCCUGCUGAAUGCCAGCCUGGACUGUGAGGAUGCAGCAGAAGGGGUCAACCAGGCUCUGGCCACGUGUCAAACCAAGUGUCCCGUGGUGCUCCUCUCUGCAGCGCUCUGGUGGCCGAGGCUGGAGGCAGCACUUUGCUCUCAGUGGAAGAGGCUCUUUGGGGCUCCACUAGCAGAAGAACUGGCCAGGCUGAGGGGCUGGCACAGCUCAGCUUCCAGGUUCCUGUGCUCAGGAGCAGCUUUGCCUGUCUCUGACCCUCCUUGGCUCUCAGCUGCCUUCCUCCACGGGGCCAUCCUGCAGCAGUCACCACGAGGACGAGGGACAGAGGCACUGGAGAGGCUGGGGACUGAUGCAGAGCAGCUCCUUGUUGCUCUGCUGUUCUUCUCACUCCUGGAUCUCAUCUCAGCCAGAAUAGCACCCAAGCUUUGCCCUCUCUCAGUGGAGCCCUGGCUGGCCUGGUUUGGAGAGGAAGGCACAGCCUCGCUCUGGUGCCCAAUUCCCCUGGGGAAUCCAGGCUGCCAGGAAGGAGUGGAUUUCCAGACAUCCCUGGAAUGGUCCCUGCAGAUCCUGCAGUGCCUGCAAGGGAGGGGCACAUCCUGGCCACUGCUCUUCCAUUCAGCAGAGGGAGCCCCCGGGAGGUUCCGUGUCCUGCGCAGCGCGGCCUCGCAGCGCCACACCCGGCUCCUGCCCCUGGCCUUCUACAGCCUCACCCCCAGCUUCCAGCAGGAGCUGCUCCAGCAGGAGCCCGCCUUCCUCAGCGUGGCACUCCAGAUGUACAUCCAGCUGCUGCAGCUCUUUGUGGAAGGGGAAGUCCUGCCACAGUCUGAUCGAGACCCCACAGAGCACGAUCCCUUGGAGCUGAUCUCUGCAGCCCGGCAGUUCCUGCUGGGAGCCAUCCCACACUGCCCUGCCCAGAGCCUUGGCAACAUCCAGCCGCUCCUCAGCACCUGUGAAGAACUGGACCCGGAGCUGGCAGCCACCCUUCUGCACUUCUCACGGCCUGCUGUGGACAUGGAGCUGGAGGAAGAGCUGGAACUGUUCUGAGGAAUGGACUCAGCCCAACACCUCACCUGCACCUAACACAAGGAGUCACCUUUCUCAUCUGGGCCAUUUUUUUCAAAUUACUUUGUAAAUAAUUUAUUACAAGCAUAACCAUGAAGCUCUUGUUACAAUAAAAAGUAGGUUACAAAUUUUCAGUUUA